GUUAUUUUCCCUCUUCAAUCUUCAGCUCUUUCAUUCAAGCUUUGGGGUCUGUAGCUUGUUCUGUCCUGCCUGAGUGUUUGUUCUCAAUUACUUAUUGUUGUGGAACUUGACUGCAAUAUAAUUGACGGCCAACAAAAUAGAUAACUUUGUGUGAUCAUAUUGUGUGUACAUGGUAUUGUCUGACAGUGAAAGCAGGAUAAUAAAUUUUUAGUAUCGUGUGUCACGGUCGGAUCGGUAUUUGAGAGGGAAAAAAGAAUCCAUUAACUUCUCUCAAAGGGUUCACUUUGUAUUGAAGUUAGCAGUGUAAAGCGGUAAUGGCCGAGGGUGAAGGUGAAGGUAGGUGUGCUGUAGACUCUGGAACCAUGAAGCCUGAUUUAAAGCAGACUGAGGAAGUUUCUCAGGGUUUGUUGGAACAGGGAGAUGGGGGUAGUAGUUCCCAUGGAAACAACAAAGUGGGAGAAAGGAGUGGUGAUGGCCAAUUUGCAGAGCAAGGAGGAGUUUGUGAAACUUCCGAGGAUAAAAACGAUGGAUGUGAAACUCAUUCAGGAGCUAAAACUGAUAAGCAUAAAACCAAAUUGGAAGGUGAGACAGCCCCUGCAGAUGCCGAGAUGUUUGGUUUCCGUCGUCUGAGCGACACGACAAAGCCCUCCGAAGGCAAUGAUCAGCAGAGGGUGAUUGUCAAAGACGACAGUAGCGACUCGGUGGUCAGCGACUCCCAUGAUGGGCACCCGGCCAGGACGGAGCCGCUCUCGCUGCGAGAGAAGCUCCACGAGAUCAUGGAGACGCAGAAAUUCCACAUCGCAAUCUUGGUCCUGGUCGUCAUCGACUGCAUUCUGGUCAUCGUCGAGCUUGUCAUUGACUUUGAAGUGUUGAGCGCAAACAAUCAUGUGCCUGAAGCAGGCUGUGCUCAUCCUCAGGAGGAAGGGCAGUGCAAUGCAACAGAGACGGACAAAGAAGAAAAGGAGGUCACUGCAGCUAACGUCCUUCACUAUAUCAGUAUUGGUAUCCUCUCUAUCUUCAUGAUAGAGCUUCUCAUCAAGAUACCCGUUUUCCGGAUGGAGUUCUUCAGGAGUAAGCUAGAGGUAUUUGAUGGAAUCAUCAUUGUGAUAUCGUUUGUACUGGACGUUGUAUCUCUCAUCUAUGAGGAGCAGUUUGCAGUGUUACAGCUUCUAGUCCUGCUUCGACUGUGGAGGAUAGUCAGGGUAGUCAAUGGAGUAAUCCUAUCGGUAGAGACGCAAGCUAAGAAGAAGAUAGAGCAACAGAAACAUUUAAGAGCCGAGGUGGAGCAUGAGAUGGAAAAGUUCAGAAGAUACUGUGCAGCACAGGAGAAAGAGAUAGAAGUCUUGAGAAAUACACUCAAUCAGCAUGGCAUUCAAAUAGAUGAUGACUACGUUGCAAAGAAACCCCAAUUUAGCCUGAAUCAGCUCAAUGUGGUGGUUGAGAUGAACUCGGCUGACAAACACGACACAGGAGAAGAUGAAGGAGAAGGAGAAGAAGGAGGAGGGGAUGGAAACACCAGACGUCAUGAAAAAGAGCGAGAGGCACUAGGAGAACACACCAUCACCCUAACAACCGAUGACAACGUGAAUACGAUUCAGGCGGAUUACCAUCCUCAGGAUACCACGUUCACCUAACACCUUGAUAGAUGGAUACUUCCUUUUUAAAUGCAAACAAAUUUCUUAGCCUCUACAUUGGAUUGAAUAUAAUCCCUAACCUAGACCUAACCUAAGCCUAAGCCUUAGCCUUACAUGAAGCCUAAUGCCUCAGUCACUCCUUCACGUAUUUGGCUUGCGUAUUUAUGGCAAGCCGUUUAAACAUUUAUUCCUAUUUCUUGAUAUCAAUAAAUGAAUUU